GAGGUGUGUCAAAGUAUUGUCAUAUUGCUUGUCUUUUGCGUCAUAGUUUGAUUCUUUUUGAAUGGUGGUCGGCUAGGGUUCUUACGUGGUUGAACAAACAAGAUUCUAUUAUCAAUUCUAGUUCUGUUAUAUGAUGGUUUCACAUAAUUACUCCGAAAUUUUCUGCUUUAAGUAAAGUAUAUGAAUCUCUGACUUUGAUGCUAUAAACAUUUCGUUCGCAUCUUCAUUGUAGUUCGCCGGAGUUUAAUGUCUCGGAAGUGGUUGAAGGAGUGAGUAUUCAGUCACUGAUGUCGGAAAUAUCGAGUUCAUGGAGCGAAGAAUUUGCGAGUUUAUGGGAGGAUUCGGGGAUCCGAUACGUGGCAGAACCGGUCGGAAUUUCUUCACCAUUGUUCGAGAAUACGAGAUCGAUUUUCCAGGUCGAGUCGGGGAACGAUGAAUCAGAUGAAUCGGAGAGUUUGAAGAGUCAGGUUAAGGGGUUUGCCGUCGCCUGGGGUGAAAUUCUUCUUGAAUUGGGGAGAGGUUGUAGGGACAUUGUGCAGCAGAAUUUGAUUACCGAGGAUUCGUACGUACAAAAGCUUAAAGGACCUUGCGCCAGUGUUACUUCUAGACUGAGUUUCUUAAACGAGUUUUUGCCGGAGGAUCGCGACCCUGUUUAUGCUUGGCCGGUCAUAUUCUUUGUUUCCAUUCUCGCAUUCACAGUAAUCUGUGUAAAUAACAGACAAGAGAGCUUUAGCCGACCGAUAAUGAAGGUGCGUGAUCAUCUUCCUAGUGCUUCUCUCAUACUUCUUCCCGAUGGCAGGCACAUGGCCUAUGAUGUAUUUGGUGUUUCAGCUGAUAGAGCUAGAUUUUCCAUUAUAGCUCCACAUUCUUUUCUUUCAUCUCGAUUUGCAGGUAUACCGGGAGUCAAAAUGUCUUUGCUCGAAGAAUUUGGUGUUCGCUUGGUUGCAUAUGAUCUUCCUGGUUUUGGGGAGAGUGAUCCUCAUCCCUACAGAAACCUGAAUUCAUCAGCAUUUGAUAUGUUGCACCUAGCUGAUGCUGUUAGUGUUAAUGGAAAAUUUUGGGUGCUUGGUUACUCAGAAGGAGCUAUACAUGCUUGGGCUGCACUUCGAUAUAUCCCAGACAGAAUUGCAGGUGCAAUCCUGGUGGCUCCAAUGAUCAAUCCAUAUGAAAAAAGCAUGAGCAGGGACGAGUUGAGAAGAACUUGGGAAAAUUGGGGUCCACGAAAGAGACUUCUAUAUUUCUUAGCUCGUAGAUGUCCUAGAUUUCUAUCCUACUUCUAUCGUCGAAGUUUUUUGUCAGGAAGACAUGAAGAAAUUGAAAGACAGUUGUCUCUAUCACUGAGAAAGAAGGAUGAAGUUUUGAUCGAAGAUCCAAAAUUCAGGGAAUUUUGGUAUAGGAACGUGGAAGAGUCGAUCCGCCAGAAACAUGUCAAGCCAUUUAUAGAAGAAACCAUGUUACUGGUGUCAAAUUGGGGGUUUAGUUUGGCAGAUCUCAGGGUGCAAAGAAAGUGUCAAAGAUCUAGCAUUCUUCAUUGGCUCAAAUCAUUGUACAACCAGGAAGAAUGUGAAUUGGCAGGAUUUGUCGGUCCGAUUCAUAUAUGGCAGGGAAUAGAUGAUCAGGUAGUUCCACAAUCAAUGACUGAUUAUAUAGGCCGCAUUUUACCAGCAGCCGUAUUACAUAAGCUCCCAAAUGAAGGGCACUUCUCAUUUUUCUAUUUUUGUGACGAAUGUCACAGACAAAUAUUUUCCACCAUUUUUGGACCUCCUAAGGGGCCAGUUGACAGAAGAGAAAGGAUGGAAGCUUCUUUAGAAGGAAACAUAGAUCUUACCGUAAAAUGAUACGUCAUCUCGAAUAAUACCUCAGGCUUGUUUCUUCCACUUCCUUUUAGCUAAGAAUAGCAUAUUGGUGCUGAUGUAGAUGUCAUAUGUCUUGUUCUCACUCUUUGAACAAGGGUAUGAAAUUUUAUCCCCAUUGCUUUGUACUUCUAUAUUUAACUGCAAUUCAUGAGGCUUAGGUCCUUGGUUCUUUUCGCUACUUAUUAGAACAUGUUUGACUCUGCGAGGAUUAGUAGUUGGGAGAGUGGAGUUGUUUUUCUCAAAGA